AUGGGUGCUUAUAUCGCCAAGAUGCUGCUGCCCACAGUGAGCAGUCUGGUGUUCCUGCCUGCAGCCAGCGUGGCCACCAAGAGAGGUUUCCACAUGGAGGCCAUGGUCUACUUCUUCACCAUGUUCUUCACUGCGAUCUAUCAUGCAUGUGACGGGUCUGUCCUCUCCAUCCUGUGCUUCAUGAAGUACGACAUCCUGGAGUACUUCAGCGUCUACGGCACGGCCCUCUCCAUGUGGGUCACUCUCAUCGCUCUGGGCGACUUUGACGAACCCCAGCGCUCCAGUAUAACCAUGUUUGGAGUGUUAACCACGGCCGUGAGGAUCUACCAGGACCGCUGGGGCUACGGGAUUUACUCUGGACCCAUCGGAUCAGCCAUCUUCAUCAUCAUGGUCAAAUGGCUGCAGAAGAUGAAGCAGUUGAAGGCGGUGUAUCCAGAGAAGACUGUCUAUACGCAGCAGGUCGGCCCAGGCUGCUGUUUUGGCGCUCUCGCUCUGAUGCUGCGUUUCUACUUUGAGGAAUGGGACUACGCCUACGUCCACAGCUUCUACCAUCUGUCUCUGGCCGUGUCCUUCGUCCUGCUGCUGCCCAAGAAGAAUCGCUACGCGGGGACCGGACGAAACGCAGCCAAACUCAGCUGCUUCACCCUCUGCUGCUGCUCUAUGUCCCCCGCUUCUUCUAAAGACGAGACGGACAAGCCUAAGAAGAAGCUGUCCCGCACUGUGUGGACGGUCCCCAUCGAGAAGCCGUGGACACGAGGCUGCAGCACCCCCACCCUCCCUCUCUACAACCCCCCACCCUCCACGCCCGUCAAAGGGACGAGCAUCAGCAAGCUCAAAGAGAUGAACGGCUGGAAGUGA